AUGGUUUAUUUUUCUCUUGGAGGGGAGUCGUUUUCUCUUUCCGGUGCUGCCCUAGCGUAUAGGUUGCCCUUUUUCCUGUUCACCAUGUGUGUAAGGAAAUCAGCUGCAGAGUAUCGCUGCUUGGACUUCGCUCUCUGCCCGUAGCCCGCAGAUGACUAUUGCUGAGGGAGAAGGAUAACACAAAAUGGCGGAAGCAGUUUUCCAUCCUCCAAGAAGGAAGAGAAAAGUUUAUGAAUCCUAUCAUUCUCCUUUCCCUAUUUCUGCUCCUCGGGAUGGGGUUUAUGGGAGAGCUGACAAAAUAUGCCAAGCUGAAAUUAUUAACAAAAAUGUAAUUGUGAAGAAUCCUGUGGAUAUAGAACAACUGUAUAGCAAGGGCUUUUUUGGAAAAGGUAUUCUUUCAAGAAGUCGACCAGAAUAUGGUAUUUCAGAACUUGCAUUGGUUGUUAAGUGGCAAAGUGUCGGGUUAAACAUGCCCAUAAUCUCAUCAAAAAAAUUCCAGUGUUAUGUAGAGUGGGCUAAAAGUCGCAUGAAGGAGCAGGGACUUGAUGACUGCACAAUAAACAAAUUCCUUCUAAAUUACAUUGAACCGCUUAAUCUAGAAGGGAAAGUUGAACAAACUACUGAGUCUCAGAAUGAAGAGAUACAAACAAUGGAGACUGCUGAGCCAAAACUGGUAGCAAUUUCUGAUGAAAGUAAUGGGAAUCAAGCAGCCUGCCUAGAAGGGGAUCCACAUUGUGAUCCGUUAGGCAAGUACGGCUCUAAUGAACUGGACAGGACAGGAAUUCAGGCUAUCGCUAAAACUCAUUCUCCAAAAAAUCCAUCUAGUUUGCAUGAUGACAGCAAGCAAGAUGACUGCCUCAAACGAGAAUCUCCUAUUUUGAGCAGUGAAGAAUAUAGUCACCAGGAGUUUGUGCUGGUGCAAGAAGAAUCAGAUUGGAGUCCAGAAGAAGAAAACACAUGUGAGAAAUCACACCUGAACAAAAAACAAAAGUUAGUAUGCAGAAGAAAUCCAUUUAGGAUUUUUGAAUAUUUGCAGCUCAGUCUAGAAGAGGGUUUUUUCUUGGUGUAUGCUCUGGGAUGUUUAAAUAUUUAUUACAAUGAGGUGCCUUUAUCUAUCUUGAAGCUAUGGGAAUUUUUCAGUGAAGCGCAACCCAAUUUUAGGACUACAUACAUGGCAUAUCACUAUUUCCGUUGCAAAGGGUGGGUUCCUAAAGUUGGACUGAAAUAUGGAGCUGAUCUCUUGUUGUAUCGAAAAGGUCCUUCAUUUUACCAUGCCAGUUACUCUGUGAUUGCUGAAUUAGUUAAUGGUGACUUUGAAGGAUCAUCACAGAGAUCAUUCAGCUGGAAGUCUUUGUCUAGUCUGAAUAGAACCACAGCAAAUGUUUCUAAGGAACUUAUGUUCUGUUACCUGAUUAAACCAUCUGAUAUGACUGAGGAAGAAAUGUCAUCACCAGAGUGUCUCAAAAGAAUUAAAGUUCAGGAAUUGAUUCUACAUCGUUGGGUCUCAUCCCGUGAGCGUAAUGAACAAGAUGAACUGUGAGAUCUACAAUAAAUGAAAGAACAUGGUGCUUUUUUAAAAAAGUGCAUAGUGCCUUUUUUAAAACAAAAGCAACCCUGUACAUAUGCCCAGUCACAGAAUGAGACUGCACAAAGAUUGACUACAUACUGACAUAGUGUUGGAUCCUAAGGCUAUUGUAAAACACUUCCAUGUGUUAUUUCUGUAAAUGUUGGUAUUAUUCUGGUGAUGAUACUACAGUAGCAAUUAACCAAGCCUUGACAUCCAGACCAUGUGGUGGUUACUUCAUACUGAGCGUCCCAUUUCACGAACUACAGAACAUCAAACAGAUUCUUCCUGUUCUAAAAGCAAGUGGCAGGAUGUCAUUGUAAAAUGGAGGUGAUAAUGGUGGGAUGCUGUAUCCUUUUAAAUGAAAGAAUCUGCGUGUUCUGAACAAAUGCAGAAUGGAGCUCUGGCAGUUUGCCAGAUAGUGGCUCUUAAAAAUUGGCCCUAAUUAUUUACAACAUGCAAAGAACACCUCAGAAAUGCAGGCAAUGUUUUAUUUCAUGUAAUGGCUAGUCAAGGUUUAGAAAGAUACACAGAAGUUUAUCUGAAAGGUUACAGUAGGUAUCAAGCCUGUAGACUUAUGUAUACUUAGAAAGCUUCACCAAACUCUGUGGAACUUCUUUCAAAAGUGAGUAUGGAUUGCCUGGAGCUACUGUAGUUUCAGUAGGAUAGGAACAGAAAACAUGAAGGUCUUCACCUAAGCAUUUUAUUUUCACUGCCAUCUGUAUUUGAUUUUUUUUAUAAUAAAUGACUCCCUGUGGAA